GGUCGUGGUGCUGGUGGUGGGGGGAGAAGCUGAGGAAUCCACAGCGCUCCACCAUUGUUUGCGUAGAAAUAAGAAUGGCCUGGAUGUGGAAGAGGAAGUCGCUGAUCGCCACCAGUCUGAUCGUGGCGGUGUCGCUCUUCGUGGUCGUGGUGAACUACUCGGAGAAGCCUUACUUCCUCCUGCAGCCUGUGUUCGGUGAGACGUUCAGCAGCCACUGGAUCUUCUCCAAGCAGCCGUACAAGGCCUUCAAGCCUCACCUGGGCUACGUCAGCAUCCCCAAGCAGACGCCCCUGAAGCUGCACUGUGAGCUCUGCAGCAUCGUGUCCAGCUCCGGUCAGAUGCUGGGCCAGGCGGCCGGCCCACAGAUCGACCGCUCGCCCUGCAUCUGGCGCAUGAACAACGCUCCGACUCGGGGGUUCGAGCACGACGUGGGCCGCCGCACCACGCUGAGGGUCGUGUCCCACACCAGCGUCCCCCUGCUGCUGCAGAAGCCCCAGCACUUCUUCGGGCAGGGCAACGACACCAUCUACGUGGUGUGGGGGCCGCUGCGGAACAUGAGGACGGACGGGAAGGGCAUCGUGUACAACAUGCUGCGGCAGGCCGCGGAGAACUACCCCCACGCACGCAUCUACGUCACCACGGAGGACAGGAUGAACUACUGUGACAUGGUCUUCAAGAAGGAGACGGGGAAAGACAGGAUCCAGUCCGGCUCCUACCUCAGCACCGGCUGGUUCACCCUCAUCCUCGCCAUGGACAUGUGCAAAGAGAUCCACAUCUACGGCAUGAUAAAUGACACCUACUGCAAGACGGAGGGGUACAGGAAGGUUCCCUACCACUACUACGAGGCCGGCAGCCGGGACGAGUGUGCAGAGUACGUGCUCCACGAGAGCGCCCCCUACGGAGGACACCGCUUCAUCACGGAGAAAUCGGUGUUCGCCAAGUGGGCCAAGCCUCACGCCAUCAAGUUCUUCAACCCACCGUGGCAACUGUCGUGACCCGGGCUGAACCAGCAGGGAGAUCCCACAUCUUCAUCAUCAGCAUCGUCGUCACAGAACAACUGAAUCUCUACACCGACAGAGAGCAAGUUUCCUAAUGGGCACAAAUAUCAAAUUCAGCACUUGGUUCACUCCAUAUCUUUCUCAAAACCUUUUGUUCAGGGCUGACUGGUUGACGGUGGUGCCUCCUAAACCCGGCCACUUGUUGUUUUUGACCGAUUUAAGGUCCGACAGAGAAAACACAUCUUCUGCUUCUUGAACAUUUAGUCCUUUUCUCCUGCAGCUGAGAGCAGAGGGAGGAGCUCAGCAGCUCUGCGCUGACUAAUCGAUCCAUUCGCUGCUCUGUGAGUUCAGCAAAGGAUCGCUCCAAGACUAACUCCAAAAAAAAGAAAAGAAAACCAGCAUUAAGAAGAAACAACCAUCCUUCAACUCCCAGUGUCCUCAGCAGCUCAGAUGUCCUCAGGCGCUGCACAUCGAAAAGGCUGCAUUUACAUUUUCUUUCAGCAGGACGCUGGUGGAAGAGGAUCUGAGUCCCGUCGAGGGCUGAGGAGCUCGGCCGCUCUGUCUCCUCUGCGUGACGCUCUCCUGUCAGGCUGUAAUUAAUCUAUAACCAGUAUAACACAGGCCUUCAUCUCUGACUGAGGGAGCAUCCAGAGCAGAUUGUCUGUCAGUUUUCAUUCUCUCCGCUUCGUUUGAAGACGCUUCGACAAAACAAGGUCAUUUGAAAAAGAUAAAUCCAGAGUUCACUCGUACUCCGAAGGUGAAACAGAGGCGUGGAUGUAAAUCUGCUUUUCGCUGUGUCUCGACUCGCACAGCUUCAAGAUGUCAGCUUUUUUAUACAAUGCUGUGAAAAUUGCAUUUCAAGAGACAUGUUUUGGCGUUUGCUUGAUGUCCAGAUGGUUUUUCUUAUUUAUUCGGCACCAGGGGCGAGUCCCCGGCCUCGCUAAGUGAGCGUGCCACUGACAGAGCGACCAUCACAGCAUAUAGAGCCACGUGCAAUUAGAAAGCCCAUCCUUACGGAGGGAGGAAAGUCAUUUGUGACCCUGCAGAGGGAGAGAUUAAUGUGUGCGGUGGAACAAUUCGAAGUUAAUUGCAUUGCAUUAUCAUUUUGUGCCUGUAAUAUACUCUGCAGUUUGUGUGGGGGGACAGGAGGAGGUGUCCACACUCCGGUGUCUCGCUCAUCUCCUCGUCCAGCUUUGUGCCUCUUUGUGAACACAUCGUCCUCUUUGUCUCCGGACGCAGCGAGCGAGGCUCCGGCUGUUUAGCAUUUGAAUGCGUCUGUUCCAGGACAGUGAAGAAUCAUCGGUGAAGUGCUGAGGUGUGCAGGUUGUCUGCUGGCUGAGACGCUCGGGCUGAGUCCGUGUCUCCCUCUCGUUCCUGUGAUUAGUGUCCCGCUCGGAGGGAAGGACCGGAACUAUUCAACGACUUCUUAAUGAGCCGACGUGAUGCACAGGGCCCUGAGGACUGGGAUAGGCUGUCUCAUUCUGCACUGUUUACCACCACACACACAUUUACCUGUAAGCACUGAUUUUAGUGAGUUAAAGGGCAGAAGGUACAAAGCAUUGUGGGUAAAUUAAAACACGAAGGUUCAUCUUUGACAUCGGAAACAAAUGCUUGACAAAAGUAGUUUUUACAAUUAGUUACACUGACCUACGCAGUGAAAUUCAUUGUUUAAAAUCAGUUUAGACAUCUGAACAUAAAAGUGUUGUGUCUGAUGUUAAUUAAUUACUAAUAUUAUUUCCACUUUACCGAAUCUUUUACAGAUGAAGUGGGAAAGGAACUUAGUUUUGUCAAACUGCUUUUUCCUUCAUGUCAAGAUUGAACAUCUGUGUGCACUUUGCAGACGUUGUUAAAUUGAUAUUCAUGGAGCAAACAUAUCAAUAUGCAGCUCGAUGACAACUGUGCAAACUCCUCACAGACACACAAUAUAAAGACUCAGAUGAAGCUGCUAACUUCAAACACAUUUAGCCUAAAUUUAGAUUCAGACGUCUCGACGCACAUUGACCCGCACGUCACCGGAGUCGUGCUCGCCAGAGUUUUGUGUGUCUGCUGCAUAUUUAGAAACGUGUUUGACAUCAGGAGCAGAAAAAAAACUGUUUUCUCCAGACAGAGAGACACAACCCUGAUAGACUCUCCGACCGACUCACAACUCAACACCCGUCCGUCCUGGUGUCACCUUGUCGCUCGCUGAGAGUCGACCCGGCUGACAGGAGCAUCAGCAAAAUGUAAAAACCUCCUGUUUUAAAUUCCCCCCCGGUGUCGCUCGGCAGAUCGGAGUUGGCCGUGACACGUCGCGGGGUCACGGGGUCGGAUCUCCUCUGGGACGACGCACACGCUGGAGAUGUGUUCGAUCCCAGCAGCCCGAGUGGAUCAAGGUAUCCGACCACAUGAUGGAUGUAGAGCAGAAGCUUCUCACAGAGUUAUUUUUCUCGUGUCCAGGAAGCCUGACGAUCCGAGCCGGGUCUCAGGGAGGAGUUUGAAACGAUACCUGAGGAGACUGAAGCGUGAACUCACACAAGCCGCUACACAUUCUACACACAUUCUACACACAUUUCACACACAUUUCCCCUCAGCCUGUGAUUGUGCAGUCGUCUGGCAGCUUCCCACCGAUCAGCUUUUACCUCUCACUGUACAGAGAAGCCACCGGCUCACACCAGCAGAAGAAAUAAAAAUUUGCGUGGAGAAACAUUUGAUUUUUUUUAGGUGUUAACUGUUUAACUCACAACUGGAAUAAGAGAAGUGUGUCCCCUUUGUUCAUGCUCCUUUUGUUGUGUCGUGUUAAAUGAUGGUUGCUGUAUGUUGUUGUUCUUUUUUGUCGAUGCAGUGCUUUGUGUGCAGCUUCCACAUUCUGCUGCAGGUCGCGUGUUGCCAACACAAUCUGCUGCUUCAGGCGGCGCACUCACUUAUUUUCUGAUCAACAAACAACUCCCAUUGUUCUCAGAACACACUGCGGGAAUGUGUUACAGUGGAUAUUAAGGUGGAUACGCCUUCUCGUGUACGCUGCCAUGAAUCAUUCAUGGUUCACACAUUCGCUCUGUGACACCCGGGUGGGAACUGUGUGUGGGGGGGAGGGGGG